CAAUCCGAAAGAGUCAUUUCCAAGUGUUCCAUCUUUAUCUACUCAUCCUCUUCCCACAGGUAAAAAGUUAGUCGCUCUUCUCAUAAACUGUCUCCUUCAACUUUCCACAGUCACGCACUUGUAUUCCCCAGGACGUUCUCGACGCACCGCAACACGCCCAGCAAGCACAGCACGCGGUUCGUAAAAUCCCGAACAAUGCUCUACCAACAGACAGCCAUGGACGAAGAUCAUCUUGCUACACUCAGCGCCUCAACCACCGACUACUCCAACCCCACGUCCUGGGAAUUUGAACCAGCAUCCUCCCCAUCAAAAGAUCCACCCCAAAAGCCAUCCGAAGCCCCGAUCCUCCCCAUCAAGAAUCUCCCCUCUGAGAUCAUCAGCACCAUUCUCGACUUCUGGAUCGGCGAACCCACCCUCUUCCCCGCCGACCCCUACCACCCCACACUCCUCACUCCAACCUACACAUCCUCCAUCCCCCCGCAAAUACUUAAAGUUCUUCCUCUACCCCUCCAGCAUGAGCACAACCUGCUCCUGCACCAAAAAUGGCUCCGCUCAGAGAAAUCCUUCGACGAUGCAUACCGCUUCUACGCCACGCACAUCGCGGUCCUCGGCUCCCUCUCCCACGGCGCCUUCGAACCCCCCCGCCAGCUCCGUGCAAUGCUUUGCCAACAAGCCGUGCUCCCAGAAGCAAUGAGACCGCAUCCACAGCUGCGCCUGCACGGCCUGGAGAAAAUCCGCCUGGACCUGACAGCCGCGGACUACUUCGCCCUCUUCAGAGUCCACGUCCCGCCCUUCGAGCGCCCGGGCAGCACAUUGCAUGACCAAGAGCCCUACGGCGCGGCCGUAUUUCUGGCGCACACGGAGCAGCUCGUGCUGUGCUUCGGCGAUCUGUUCCGCUCGACGCACCCGUGGUACGAUCUCGCCGACACGGCUUGGGACGGAGAGAGAGACGAUGGCGUCGUCCCGAGGUGCCGGCCCGGCGUCUGCACUGAGGGUUUGCUUAUUGACUGGAUUCUCACGUACGCUUGGCAUCACGGGUAUCUCCAGCACAUACCGAAGAUUAAGCUGCAGGGCGGCAUGCAGCCAUGGGUGCGCGAGAAAUGGAUGAGGAUCUUUGAGGGCGGGGAUGUGGAGGAGGGAUUUGCGGGGGAGGCGCACAUUGAGAGGAUUGGGACGAUUGGGUUGCAGGAAGCGGUUGCGCAGGGGAUGAUUUGGGAUCCGGCGGAGCAUUAUCCGCCGAAGUGUGCGUGUGAAAUUCCUUGUGGGAGACUGGGCGGCGAUGCGGAAUGCGAGUCGGAUUGGGACGGGGACUGCCUGGCGCAAGGGAGUGUUGAGCCGUGGGGAGAGUGGGAUUGGAGCACGGAGGAGGCGGUGAGCGUGGUUUGGUGAUUGGGAGGGGAGGGUGAUGGAUACCUUGGAUUAUCGACCGCGUGGCUAGGGUUGGUUGAAGGACAUCGCAUCGCUCCAUUAUAUCCACUCCAUCGCAACUCCUCCCCUCCAUCAUCAAUCCCUCUCAAUCCUUAAUCCUCAACAACCUCAAUCCCGUCCAACACCACCGCCUCCUCCGCCUCCCCGCUAACACCAAACGUAAUCGUAUUCCCACUCCCUUCUCUAAGCUCCAACUGAAU